ACAAGCAACAACUGAGGGCACCACAUGCUCUCACGUAUUUCACACUGAGAUGUGUUGCCCACCAGGAAGUUUGCAGGGAGUUCCUCCUUGUACCUGCCGUCCACAGAGUGAAGGCUCAAACCCGCGUUUGUGGGAUGUCGAACUGGUGGGAUGUGUUUGUGGGAUCAACUAGCGACUAUCCUCCUGUGGGACGGGAAACUGUACAAUGUUUUCCACGCCUUAUAGUUCCCAUGUUGGCUGUGGGGAUUAUGCUGACGUGUAUGAUCCAGCGGAGGAUAGCUUUCUUUUAAUGGACGCUUUAGAAAAAGAUGUAAAGGAAAUAACCCGUCACUGCCCCAGAAUCUGCCUUGAGGUUGGAGCAGGGUCUGGUGUUGUCUCGGUAUUUCUGGCUUCCAUCGUUGGGUCCAAGUCCCUUUAUCUCUGUACAGACAUUAAUCCCCUGGCUGCUGCUUGUACAGUGGAGACUGCAAAAAGGAAUGGUGUGAACAUCCAGCCAAUUAUCACUGACUUGAUCACAGGGUUGUUGCCGCGACUACAAAAUCAAGUUGAUGUGUUAAUAUUUAAUCCACCUUAUGUUGUGACCCCCUUGGAAGAAGUAGGUAGUAACGGCAUAGAGGCCUCCUGGGCUGGAGGAGAAAGAGGUCGUGAGGUCAUGGAUCGUCUUUUUCCACAUGUUCCAAGCCUUCUUUCCAGUCAUGGAUUGUUUUAUCUGGUUGUAGUUCAGGAAAAUAAUCCAGAGGAGAUCAAACAGUUGCUGAGGAAAUCUGGGUUGAAGGGGACUGUGAUUAUUUCUAGACAAGCUGGGAGAGAACACCUUUCGGUGCUGAAGUUCUGGAAAGCCUGAUAAUUCAGUCCAUGUUACCAUCCUAAUUUCCUGAUGCCUAUCAAGAAACUCCAGUCAAGAGAUGGGUCCCACAGUUGCUCAACGAACCGUUUGGUCCAUUGAGCCUGUUCUGCCAUUUUCUUAGAUCAUGGCACAUCUUUUAAUCCUGUGGAAUGUCGAAGCUUCCUCUGGGAGAACACAGGAGUUGGAUCAAUACUCUUCUCUCCGAAGAUGACCACUUCAGGAAGUCGGCAUGCAGGAGACGUGAUCAAGAGGAAAUUCUGCAUACACCGCCUUGCAACUGGAAGAGUUGAGUAUGUUGCGGGAGUGCAUUUGCUGCAAAAAAACUCCAAGCCACGCACACUCCCAUCAGAGCAGCCAGACUGGGAGGCCAUUCCAUGUUCCCGUGGAAAGCAGGAAGUUCCUGUAUUAACGGUUCCUAAACCGUUGUAACCACAGGGCAAAUUGAACCUUGGAGCCAGAUAUUUUAUUACCACUGUACAUUCCGAGUGUGAAAAAUGUGUUUAGCUGGCUGUUUUAGGAAGAAACACACCAGCUCUUUCAUAAAUCACAGAGGACUGGAAAUCAUCAAUGUCCUAGCUGGUUCUCCGAGGUGUCUCUUUUAAAAACAAAAAGCACGGUGGGAAACCGAGAUUCCAAAUUACGAUUAACUUUUGUA